CUAGAGGGACAGAGAAGCGCGAGGGGAGACUUUUGUUUACGUUGGGGUGAAGGAGGUGACUUUUGAAGUAAAGAAAAAUUUAGAACAGAGAAGUUGUCUUGUGUACAAAAUAAUUUAAAAUCUGACAUGAUUAAAUUAUAAUAAUUAAUAGGAGGGAACCUGCAAAGGAAAAGUUGUAAUAAAAAAUUCAUGUUUCAACUUUCUAUUUAAAAUAAAUUAAAAAUCUUCUAAUUCAAGUGGACUGGGUUCUUUGUUAUAAUUAUAAAAUGAAUAUAACGCCUCCCAUCAAACCACCGCGAGGGAUUAAACCGACAAAAGAAACGAGUGGUUUGCUGAUCUCUGUCAUCCGUGCUUUAUCAGCAAGUGAAACAAACGAGCAACGUGAGAUUGAGAAAGCCAAAUUGGAAAAGGAAUACAAACGAAGUGAUCAACGAUUGGAAGAAUUGGUUUCGUCACAUGAUCAGGAUCUCAUGGAAGUUAUGCAGAUAUUUAGUGCACUAUCUGAAAAAGUUACAUCAGCGCGAGAAAAGAUUCAUUCAGUAAAGGAGAAUCUGAAUGCCUGCAAACAAUUAUUGAGAUGCAAACGAGAGGAGUUAUUGAAUUUGUGGCUGGAAGGAAUAGAACAUAAACAAGUCUUAUAUCUUCUAAAAGAUGUGACUUCAGAUUCAUAUGGACGUAUGAUAACAAGUUUAACCGAGCCUGAGCUAUUACCAUCCAAUCUAUCACAUGAUACUUUAACAGAUCAACAAUCAUAA